ACAGGAUGUAAACAUUCUCUUCCGGAAAAGCUUAUAGUUGGAAUUACCACGUCCGUUUAGCAUUUGAAAGAAGUGAACCUUCAAAUAAAACGAUAAUUAAACAAACUGAAAAUGGCCGGAACGGCUUCAGUAGCAGGUGAAGUUUUUGUGGACGCUUUGCCUUACUUUGACCAGGGUUACGAUGCUCCAGGUGUCAGAGAAGCGGCUGCAGCGCUGGUUGAGGAAGAGACAAGAAGAUACCGGCCUACGAAGAACUACCUGAGCUACCUGCCUACGCCUGACUUCGCAACUUUUGAGACAGAAAUUAUGAGGAACGAAUUUGAACGGUUAGCAGCUCGGCAGCCCAUGGAGCUCCUGAGCAUGAAGAGAUAUGAGCUUCCGGCGCCCACAUCAGGACAGAAGAACGACAUAACGGCGUGGCAGGAGUGUGUGAACAACUCUAUGGCCCAGCUGGAGCACCAGGCAGUCCGCAUCGAGAACCUGGAGCUCAUGUCGCAGUACGGAACCAACGCAUGGAAAGUCUACAACGGCAACUUGGCCUUCAUGAUUGAGAUGGCUCAGAAGGAGCUUCACAAGUUCAGAAAGCAAAUUCAAGAUUUGAACUGGCAGCGUAAGAACGACCAGUUGGCAGCUGGAGCCAAACUACGCGAGCUGGAGUCCAACUGGGUGUCACUGGUCAGUAAGAACUACGAAAUCGAGCGGGCCAUCGUCCAGUUGGAGAACGAAGUCGGUCAGCUCCGACAGCAGCAGGGGGACGAGAACAAGGAGAAUAUCAGACAGGACUUCUAGAGAACUGGACUCUUAAUGGUUUCUGACUAACAUGGACUGGGAGUAAUCUGAGCAAAAAAAAGUUGAUAUGAAACCGCAGAUGUGACAUAGAUUGGUAAAAACAACAGUGGAGCAGUUUCAGACACCUGCGGGUGUUCUGGCUUUAAAAGAAGCUUCUUUUCGUGUUUCUGAUACACUGGUGGCAGCUUUUUCUCUUGCUUUACCGCAGGACUUGAAUAGAUGCCUUUCAGCCAAGGGAUGUGUUAGCGGAAAGUGUACAUAGUGUAAGUCUGUUGAAGACUGCAUUAAGUGUAGUUUUACAUCAUUGUCAAUUGAUGCAUUUUUUAAAAUAAAUCUUUGUAAUAAAAUGAAUUUCUACAGUUCCCUUUGAGCCGUCGUCUACAGUUUUCCAAUUGUCCAAGAGUUUCGUACUCACAGUUUUAAUCUACACUCAUCGUGGUUAUGAAUGCUGCCUACUUUCAAUAAUAGAGCUGAAAUAUUUUUAUUUUAGGUGGGAUGAUGGUGUAGCUCCAAUGAAUUACCUAAACAAGAAUUUGCUGCACAAGUUUGGAUUCAUAGAUGUUUUCCUAACCAGACAUGGUAAAAACUUAAGACUCUAAAAUAAACAAGAACACUUA